ACCGCCGCAGUUGGUCAUUGAAGUGACGAGUCAUGUCAGUCAGUCGUAUCGUGUAUAAGAAUCCGAGCGAAUAUUGCUGAAACAUUAGUGCCGCAUUGCGAAGCGCACUGUGUGUAACAUACGAGAGAAUGUCCGAGGACAAGAAGUGGCUGGAUACAGUGAUACCGAAAAUCGCCGAGGGCAUCGGCUCGCACGUGGAGGACGUGCGCUACGAGUUGGUCAAGUCCCUCCGCAGUCUGAUGUCUUACAUAUAUUUCGUGUGCGUGAAGUACACGAACAACCUGAACCAAAUGAGUGAAGAAUGCUCCUUCGUAAUCAAGAAAUCCACGGGCUGCGAUAGUGUAUCUGUGGGCCCUCAGUUCAGCAACGAGAUCUUGUUCUAUCAGAUGUACCGCCGCCUGGAUGAGAACUUUCCGAGAUACUUCUACAGCCACGAACCGUUGCAGUUGACGUCCACCGACUGGGUGAUCGCCUUCGAGGACGUCGGGAAACUCGGAUUCGAGGCCUGCCCGUACAACUACGACGCUCCUUACGAAUAUAUACUGGCGGUAGUGCGCGAGUUGGGACGGUUUCAUGCUAAAGGGUACGUCAUGAAGGAGAAAAAUCGGGCCGAGUUCUUCCGUAUCGUGGGUAAAAUCAAGGAGACCAGGUACGACGAGACGACGGGAAAAUGGUUAAAGGGCUUCAUAAACUAUUUGCCGAUACGAGCGGUGGAAUAUCUCCGUGAUCAUGGUCAUGACCCGAACUUCUGUAACAAAAUGGAGGCUGUGUUGUCGAACGCGUUCAAAAACGUGAUGACACGAGUGGCCGAGCCGUCGGAGCCGUUGUCCACGAUCUGUCACGGUGACGCUACGUUGAAUAACGUGUUCUUCAAGACUCGUGAUGACGGGCAGUUUGACGCGAUGCUGAUCGACUUCGCACUUCUGAGGUACGGCACGCCCGUCAUUGAUCUCUCCACGUUUCUCUACCUCAGCUGCACGAACAGCAUGAUGCGGGAGAAGUUUUUCGACAUCUUGACGGUUUAUCACACCGAGCUGACGAACCGUUUGCUGCAAGAAGGUUUCCGGGAUAUCCGGAAGUACUCGUACAACGCUAUAUUGGACGAUUACAAACGAGGCUGUGUCUUCGGCUUUGUCAUCGCGUCCUUCUAUUUGCCGGUUUUAAUGGGAAUUGCCCCAAACCUCGAGAUGACAUAUUUAGAUGAUACAGAGUUCUUCAUAAAACAAAGUAAAGAGUGCGGUGGAGAGAAAAUGUCUGCGAUAUUCGCCGAAAUGCUUCUGCAGAUAAGCGAUCUCGGCGGUUUGGAUCACAUCUUGUAAACGCGCGGUUUUAUUAUAAUAUGUAACGUAGAAUUAUAUACACAGAGAGGGACUUAGUUGUAGAAACUCGGGUCUAGCUGUAGCAAUUAAAACGUUCGAAAUAGGGGCAGCUAAAGUGGUUGCUUUUUAAAUAUAGAUAGCGAAAAAUAUAAGCUAGGUUGCAUAAUAAUACUAAAAAAUAUUUACGUUCCCGACUAGAAAUUUAAUGUAUUUUCUUAAUAGAAGCUGUCUUUUUGGCGUUAGUGUAUGUUGACUUUGUUAGACAUUUUUCAGCCUUUUAUUUAAUUUAAUGCUAUAUCUUAUCUGAAAAACACGCUGCAGCACCGAUGGAUUCGAAUUUACGACUCCUGAAUCGGUUAGUUUUGUAUCACGCUAUAUGUGGAUAACACGAGGCGCGUUUGUAUUGGUCGACGAAGUGAUGUAAUCUAAGAUAAGCCAAAGAUUGCACCACUUCGUCGACUGAUAUGGGUGUGCUUCGUGUUAUCUGCAAUACGACAAUUAUAGUGUAACGUAAUGUCUGUACAGUGUACGUAUAUAAUACUCAUAUUAUCUUAUUAUUGUUUUAGUCGUGCAUUUUUACAAUCAAGUUAGACAAUAAAAUCAGUUGAUACAACUACAGCUGUUACCUCGGCUUUUGCUCGCUUACGUCAUCAUCGUAGUUAUCGAUGACCGCCUCUUUUUCUAUGUAUGACUCUGGCGUCAAAUAAAGUAUCGUAAUAAU